AUGGUACAAUACACAAGAGCGACAGCGCCUUCAAAGGUUGGAGGUAGGCCCAAUGUCACCACCAUCAUCCCAACCAAAUCUUCCACCCACAAUUUCUAUGACCUGUUCAACAGCCUGCAAGUGUCGCCACCCUCCUUUACCACCAGCAACAUCCAGACUGACUUCAAAGCGGAAGUAGAAGAGGAUUAUUCAACGGGCAGCGAUCAUAGCCUUGAGAGGGGUCACGAAGUGGAUAAGAUGGAGGGAGUUUAUCAGGAUGACCGAAAGAAAGUAGUUGGAAGGGGUAUUGUAGGGGAGACGUCGUACGAUGACGGUGACAAUAAGGACGACAUCGAGAUGGUUGAGGCGGAGGAGGAGGAGGUAGAGUCUUCUGGUGGUUCGGAGUUCUGCUUGGGCGAUGAAGGCAGUAGUGGAAGCGAAGGGAUGUCUGAGGAGGAGGAGGUUAAAGGGACUGGCAAAUUUGGAGGAAAAAAGCCCACAAGACCUUUUGCCCCUACCAGGGUGGGAGGUAGACUCAACGUCAGUAGCAUCGACACAAGCGGCUCUUUCGCCCACACAUUCGAUGAUCUCUUCCACCAGCUUCACCUUCCGCCACCCUGCUAUACUCCGAGUGCGAUGCAACCCCACAUCAAGACGGAAAUGGAAGAUUGGAUCAGUAGACAGGACGACGCCAUGGACUGCGAUGCUACGCACCAAGUGGAGGAUAACGUCAGUGAAUACGAGGAGGUGUUUAAGAAGGUCAAAGAAGAAGAUAAGGGAGGUGACAUAUCAAGCGUUAAAGAUGCCGAUGGAGAGGAUAGUUACGAUAACAGCAAACUCGACAUCAUGUUGGUAGACCAGCAGGAAGAAGAAUAUUGUAGUGGGUCGGAAUUCUGUUUGGUGGAUGAAAGCAGCAGUGAGAGUGAUGGAAGUUUGGGUGAAGAUGAUGAGUCUGAAGAAAGUAGCGAUGUUCUCACCCACGCAAAAAAAGAUAAGAAGGGGGAAGGUAAACAUCAACAUAUCGAAGCGACCAGUGGUCCGACGCUGAUCAGCUCUUCGAUUCGCAGGAAACCUCUGGAUCACAUGAACCGACCUCGACCCGCCCCUCCAGACGACUACCACGUGCCAAAACCUGCAUGA